CUCUUUGACCAAGGCUUGGAGGGCGUCAUGCCUUCGCCUAACGUGGUAGCAUACGCCCAGGACCACGGCUUUCCCGCACAGUCGAGUGACUACGCUAAUGUCUUAGCUGCCUUGGAGAAUGAACGAAAGAAGACGAAAGAGUUUCGCGAUACUCUAGCAGAUCGAUUCAACCAACUGAGGACGGGCGAGGCUGCAGUCCAAGAGAGGGAAGAGAAGCUGGCAAAGGAAAUUGCGGCCCAACAGGGAAUAAACGACCGUUUAGCCAGCGUAUCGAGCCAAAUGAACGCAGCUCAGGAAGCACUUGCAAAGGCAAAGCAAGAUAAUCAAGCUCUUGAACAGAGCCUUACCACCUCUAAGCAGCAAGCAAUCACCACGAAUGUCGAGAACGAGAAGCUCGCGUCGCGUGUUGCUGCAGUCAACGAGCAACUUCGACUCAGGCUUUCCGAAAUCUCCAAACUCCAGCGCAAGGUCGCUGAUGCAACGGCUAAAGACAGCGCACAACAGACCGCCUUGGACAACAGUAGUAAGGAGGCACGCGAUGCUCAGGAAAAGGUUGUCAAUAUGGAGAAACGACUCAUCGAAUCGUCGAACCAAUAUAAAGCCGUCGCCGAUCAUCUCACAGAGCUCCAGGAGGAGAUGAGCGCAAGUCAAAUGCAAUUGAAACAUGCAUUGAACACGCAGGAUAAUCUUGACAAGGAGAUUUUCAAACUCAAGAAGGAAGCGGAGGAAGGAACGAUGUCAUUGAAGCAGGCGCUGGACGAUAAGAGUAGUGCUGAAAAGCGUACGGCUCAGCUGGAAUCUCAGGCAGUCACCUAUCAGCAAAAUCUCGAUACCAGUAAAUCGAUGACGGUUGCCCUUGAUCUGGAAAUACUCGAGCUUCAAUCGACCAUCAGGCGUUUAAAUGAUCAGCAAGAGCAACAAAGCUCCGAAAUUGCUCAGCUGACUACGUCGCUCGACCAAUUACGAAAAAGCAAAGAUGAAGUUGUCUCCCAACGUGAUGAAAUGGCUCGACAAGUGACCCAAGACCGUGAAAUUGCGCGUGAGGCCCGCGAAAGAGAACACACCAUUGUGCAGCAACUUGAAAGUGUCAAGACUGAACUGAACGCCAUGCAAGCGAAGCUUGACACGGUCGAGGAGGAGUUAAUUAAAACGACUCAGUCUCUAGCUACUGCACAAUCCGACGCUCAGAAGUUUCGAGCGACCAGCAAGAAAUGGAAGAAGAGGAUUAAGGAACAAGAUGAGGAAUUGAUUCGGCUGCAAGCUAGCAACUCUGCAGCUUCUGAGGCUGACACAAGUCGUCUGGCCGCACUGGAAAGCGAGCUUUCAACCAGUCAGAAGGAAGCCGAUAGAAUUCGUGAGGAUGCAGCAGCAUCCAAGGAGCUAUUGGAUGCAGCAGCAGAACGCGAAAUUUCCCUUCAAAGGGUGCUAAACGAAGCCAAGAAAGAGACAAUCGAAUCGACACACAAUCUAUCUUUGGCGCAGGCGAAGGUCGAAGAAAUGCGUUCACAAAUCACCAAGUUGAAAGAUCAGUUGGCUUCACCUCCCGACCCAGAAAACAAGACCAAGAAACUUGCGAUGGUGGAAGCAGAAAAUGAACGUCUUCAGUCGAAGCUAUCCGAUGUCUCUCGAAAACUGGAGGAAAAGACAGCUAAACUCACCGCCUUCAAACUGACUCGACAAUUCCAAGGCCCUUCGAACUCGGCUACUAGCCCCGCAAUCCAGCAUUAUGUGGAAGAAAUGCGGCGACAAAUUGCAGGCCUUCAGCUAGAGAACGCUCAACUGAAACGCCAAUCCAACAUCAAGUCUGAGGGACAAAGAGCCGAAUCAUCAUGCCAGGCCAAGUCUUCAGCUACUCCGAUUUCUAGUGUUGACAAGGCACACCGAGCCAAGAUAAUGCAUGCCCGAAAUUCGUAUGGUCCUCGCCUCGACAAACUUCCUCGUCCGGCACGCCCUGCUGUCAUUGAUCCAGUUCAAUCCGUUUCAACAGCCACAAACCUGUUGAACCAAGAUGCAUGGAAAACCUUCAAGGCUCAAUUCCCCUUCCUGUAUCUUCCUCACCGCACUAUUUGUGGUAGGGGUGAGCCUAUGCACAUGUUGGCAUAUGCCCCCACUAAGUGGUACUUGAACGUUGACAAUAACUCCCGCUGGAUUCCAAACACGGCAUUAACUCGAUAUUAUGAAAAGGGGAGAAAAUGCGAGCUGUUUGUCAAUCAAGGCUCAAACCCCUCCGAAGUCCGUUAUGCGGGCACUUACAAAGUGAUCCGCUUUCGAGAGGCCGGCGCGGAAACAGCUGGCCCCGAAGAAUCUGAAAUACCAUGGGAUAUUCCCAAACAUGCGAUCUACCAUGCGAUGGGGGUUAUGGUCCCCCACGAGAAGAUCGAACAAGACUUUGCGGGGAAAGACAUCCGCGUCGAGGUCUUUGGUUUGCAGUGUGUUGGCUUUGACGUGGAUUUAUAUCGUCGACUUCGUGCUGCAUGGACUGGGGAAGCACAGCCUACGAUUACAACAAUUACAUCUGACCCGCGUCUCCUACGGCCAGCCAACUCGGUAGCCGGGGUUAAGCGGAGGCGAAGCCAGAAAGGCUUAGACUUGGCGGGUAAGGAAGAUGAUGAGGGAGUACCACGGAAAAAGCAGGCGCAUAGCUCUUCUGCUCUCAUUGCUGAUCCAAGUUUGUGCAAAGUAACGAAACUACGCGAGUAG